CUCGCUUCCCAUAUCUACGCCGAUAAUUCGAUUACUGAGACGUUACCUGGGUUUGUUCUGUACAAUAUCACAGAUGGCAUCAAGGUGAUGUAUCUAUGUUCUUGGUUCACACAUCUGCUAUUGUGUCAAGACCUAUGCUGGCAGGAAACUACACUCGAGAUAACGUAA